AUGAACAGUAACUCCUCAAGAAGAAAUGUAAUCAAAAAAGCAAGUCUGCAUAAAUCCAAGUCCCCCAAGAAGCAGUCUUCUUUGAAAUGUCAAAAUGAAAAAUAUCAUAUAAUAGUCUUUGACGCGAAUGACAAUGGGGAUCUCAAACCUGAAAAGUUAAAGAAAAGGGGGAAACGAAAGAGGUCAAAGGAUAACGUGGAGCUUGAUGAAGCUUCCCGCUUGCAAAGGAGGACAAGGUACCUGCUGAUAAAAAUGAAGCUGGAGCAGAACCUUAUUGAUGCUUACUCCAUGGAAGGUUGGAAAGGUCAGAGCCGUGAAAAAAUCAAGCCAGAAAAUGAACUGAAAAGAGCCAAGAAGCAGAUAUUGAAAUGUAAACUUGGGAUUCGUGAUGCCAUCCGCCAGCUGGAUUUGCUUGGGUCUGUUGGACAGAUUGAUGACUCUGCAAUUGCCCCUGAUGGAUCUGUAUAUCAUGAACAUAUAUUCUGUGCAAAAUGCAAGUUACGUGAAGCUUCCCCUGAUAAUGAUAUCAUACUUUGUGAUGGAACAUGCAAUUGUGCUUUUCACCAAAAGUGUCUCGAUCCUCCAUUGUCAACUGAAAAUAUUCCUCCAGGAGACCAAGGCUGGUUAUGCAAAUUUUGUGAUUGUAAGAUAGAAAUAUUAGAAGCAAUGAAUGCUCAUAUUGGGACACACUUCUCGUCAGAUAGCAAUUGGCAGGAUAUCUUCAAGGAAGAAGCUGCUUUACCUGAUGGUGGGGAUACUUUGUUGUCUCCAGUGCAAGAAUGGCCGUCUGAUGAUUCUGCAGAUGAUGACUACGAUCCUGAAAAUUUUGAGAAUAGCUCCAGUUACAACAGAGUUGACUCUGAAGAUGAUGCUUCUGAUGAUGCAGGCAGCUCAAGUGGUAUCUGGUCACUCAAGGGUGAAGUAUUUUCUGGCUCUGAAAGGUUAGACAAGAGGAGCAAGGGCCCCAAAAAUCCCUCAGCUGAGUUAAUUGGUGGAGCAGAUUCUGAUGAGACCACGGCUUGUGAAAUAUUAUGUGGCCGAAGGCAACGACUAGCAGUUGACUAUAAGAAAUUAUAUGACGAAAUGUUUGGAAAGGAUGCUCCUGCCAAUGAACAAAUUAGUGAAGAUGAAGAUUGGGGUCCUACUAAAAGAAAGCGGAGAGAAAAGGAGUCUGAUGCGGCAAGCACCCUUAUGACUCUCUGUGAAAAUGACGAAAAAUGCCAUGUGAAAAACAGAGAAUCAGAAAAGAUACCUUCAAGCAAAGAAACCAAAAGGCCGUGUUUCAGAAUUCCCCCAAGUGCUGUUGAGAAGCUUCGUCUUGCAUUUGCUGAUAAUGAACUUCCCUCUAGAGCUGUCAAGGAGAACCUUUCCAAACAAUUAGGUCUUGAAUCUGGGAAGGUUAGCAAAUGGUUCAAGAAUGCGCGCUACCUAGCACUCAGAGCCAGAAAGGCAGGGAAAGCAAUACCAUUUCAUACUAUUGAUUCCAAAAUGUUAAAGAAUUCCAGGUCAGAAAUUGGAAAGGAUAAACCUGCUGAUCAAAGGGCAUUUAACGUUAUGCCAUUAGCAAAUGUGGUUGGGACACAUACAAGUUUGAAAAAGUUCCGAAGGAGAAAGAACCCAUCAUUACUAGCCAUCCCUUUGAAGAGAAAGCAAUACAAGAAAGUUUUAUUCCAGUCCUCAGCCAAUAACAAGGCUGCUGUGGGUUUUGACGAUGAUGUGACAUUGAAACUUAUAAGAGAAAAGGCUAAGAGACAGAAAAAGAGGGUAAUUAACUUCACGACCAAAGGCGGUGUACAAGAAGCAGAGGCUGAAAUGGAGAGGAUCUGCAAAAUCAAGGGCAAGGUAGAAAAACUCCAGCGGGUUUUACUGGGACUUGCAAAUGACAAAUCUAAUAAAGGAGAUGCACCCACAUUGACUGAAAUUUCCGUUGUGUAUGUCCCCGUUGCUGGUGUAAGGGAGAAAAGAUGA